AAUGGACGGUUAUUUUAUUAAGCGUUUUUCAAAACACUUCAAUAGCAGUGGUGUGGAAAUGUACACAAUCAAAGGAAAUCAUUUUGUAAUGAUCAACUCGAUGGCAAUGUUAAAUGAUGGAUGUAGGUUCUGUAACACAGCUUUGCGCGAUUUAAAUAGAAUAUCAGAACAAUUAACAUGUCUAAAAAACCGGAAAACAUGCACCGACAUCCAUGCGCUUAAGGUGCACAAAACCUACAGUCGUCCGAUUUUGAUGCAACACUUUCCUACCUAUCGAAAAUCGGAUGCAGCAUGCAGGGAACAUGAUGCACCCAAUAUAGAGUUAUUUCGUGAAAACUGGGAGGUGCUUUCAAAGGAAUCUACCGAUUUAAUAGGUCGCCUGCUCCUACCACGCGUUGCUUUUGCUGGUCAUAGUCAUCACUAUUGCUUCAGCAUUAAUCGUUUUGGUGUUGAAGAGUAUACAGUAGCUUCCUUUAGUUGGCGUAAUAAAGUUGAGCCAAGUUUCUUAAUGGCUUCAUUUAGCGCGAGUACUUAUUCUGUGUUAAAAUGUGAUAUGCUGCCACAACAGCAUGUCUACAAUAUUUACAUGGCGACUGCGACAUUGUUAUUGGGUGCAAUUAUAUGGAAAUUGUGCAAAAAAAAUCCUGGUCAAAAGGAUGAAAAAAGGGAUUACUUAAACAUAUUACAGUAUUUUAAGUUAAUUUGUAUUCCUUUGUAUGUGACUUCCAGAUUAGGUUUUGCGGCCAUCUUAAUUUUAGUAGCUUACUUGCGUUCUAUUUACCUGUUUUAAUACUAUAUUAUCUUAAAAGUACGUAAAAAUAAAAAUAAUAGAAGUCCAAUUUCGUGAACACAGCCGUUACGGUGAUAAUUAAAACGAAAAUAGAAAUUUGGAUUGCAAUCUAUUUGCAAAUAAAAAGUCAAAAAUUAUA